GGGGUUGCCUUUCCAGCAAUGAAUGUGUUGAUUAGCAGAUGGGUGCCGAAAAUGGAAAGAAGUAGAAUAUCCACAGCUAUGAAUUUAGGAACAAUGCUGGGCACUCUCGCAACGAAUGCAGUCACUGGAAUUUUGAGUGAAAGUUCAUUCUUGGGUGGAUGGCCAUCUGUAUUUUAUAUUUGUGGCUUGAUGGGAAUUGUAUGGUUUAUUUUAUGGGCUCUAUUAAUACACGAAACUCCAGAUGAUCACCCUCGUAUAUCGAAAGAAGAACUAAUAUACAUUCAUGAAGGUCUUGACCAAGCAAAAAGCAAGGAUAUGAAAAUUCCGUGGAAAUCGAUCUGGACAUCACUGCCCAUGUGGGCAGUCAUUGUAGCACAUUUUGGAAAUAAUUGGGCAUUUUAUACUUUGCUGACAAUGAUGCCAACAUACUUGAGUAACGUUUUGCACUUUGAUUUAAAAGAUAAUGGAUUGGUAUCGGGCAUUCCUUUUUUGAUGAUGGCCCUUUUUGCAUUCCCUGCAAGUAUAGUAGCCGACUAUUUAAGAGCUGGUGACUAUCUACGUGUCACCACAAUUAGGAAAUUAAUGAAUAGCAUUGCAUUUUUUGGCCCAGCUUUGUGUGCCGUAGCCAUCGCCUUUGUGGGCUGCCGUCCAAUUAUCAUAACUGUAUUAUUUUCUGUGUCCUUUGGUUUGAAUGGCUUAGUUUAUUCCAGUUUUAUGGUUAAUCACGUGGACAUGAGCCCGAAGUUUGCUGGAACUCUUCUUGGAAUAACAAAUGCAAUUGCAGCACUGCCAGGUUUUCUCGCACCUGCGUUUGUUGGAGUAAUUCUUAAAAGCGGGCAAACACUUAGAAACUGGGCAUUUGUUUAUAUUAGCUCAGCUGUUAUCCUUUUCUUAUGUGGUCUUUUCUACGACAUUUUUGCCUCUGCAGAUUUGCAGCCUUGGAAUGAAGAAAACGAAAAGAAAGAAACUGAAAAGAAAAACUCAACAUUUUCAGAUGAAUAUGUGAACAGUUCAAAAUUAUAAAUCUUUU